AUGCUGGUUUCUUACGGCCUCGAAAGUACACCCCAAUCAUCAUCUAUCAUUUUCCGCCGUCAACUCUGCCAUCAACCCACCCUUGUCCCUGCGCUUCGCGUCCUCCGCCAGCUUCCUGUCCACCACAUCCGAAAACUCCUUCGUCUUGUCCAGCGCCAUCUGCGCGCACCGCACAAACAGCUGCGCGUCCACCGCGUCAUCCCCCAGCUUCGAGAUCUGGCAAAUCUCCCCGUGCCUGUUCAUGCUAAACGUGCAGCUGCUCCUCCGCAGCUGCUCCUCCAACCACGUCGCGUCCAGCAGCACCUUGGCCUCCUCCCCCUCCUCCUCCCCCUCGCCACCGAAGAAGCUAAACGUCACGCAGAACGGCGAGUGCAGCCAGCUGAGCGGCACCGGCUCGCGCUCCGCCGACGUGUACACGGUCAGCGCGCCGCCCUCCAUCGUCGUCUCCGGCCGGCGAAAGUGCCGCAGCGCCGCGACGGCCGCCAGGCACGCGGCGUCGAGCAGGUUGCCGUCGUGCACGAGCACGUGCAGGUCCACGCGCACCGACCAGCACUUUUGCCCGGCGACCAGGCACAGCGACUCGGUGUCGAGCGCGCCGGAGCGCCGGAUGGUCUUCUCGAGGAGCCGCGCGAGGAGCACCUCGGCCUCGGCGGGGCGGUUCACCUCGAAGGAGGGCGCGACCAUGGGGCCCAGCUCCGAGGCGAUGGUGAAGAUGCCGUCAAACGGCCGGUCGGAGAACGGGACCGUGACUUCUGCGGAGACUUUGGCCAGGACUCUGAUGGCGAGUUAGUAAGGAAACUGGGAGGUCUUGUAGGAGGAUAUGUGAGGAAACACACUUUGUCUUGCCGAAUUGCACUUCAGCAAUGCCAUACUCGUCGCCGAAUGUAA